AUGGCAAAUGCCUGGAAAAGAGAUAAGCCCGUCAGACUCCUCUCCCCAAAGUUCCUCUUUUUACUCUUCGCUUCCACUCUCCUCCUCCUCCUCGUUUUCGCAUUCUUCACCUCGCAUUCCUCAGACCCCUCCACCCCCACCGUCAUCGCCCAAAAAACCUGCCUCUCCUUCGAUGCAAUCUCCCCCUUCAACUGCACCGCCUCCCCGCAGGCCCACCCCGUCGUCGCCAGCACCGUCGAGGGCGUGCGCUACCCCUUCCUCUUCUCCCUCUCCGAUUUCGGAACCCUCCCCGACAAGCCCCACAAAAACAUCGUAAGGAUGCUCAAAGGGAAGCCCUUUCGCAAGCCCGACAUCUCCGUUACUGUUCAGGACCUGCUCGAGAAGGCCAAGAGCGAGGGCAAGGACGGGUAUGUUGUCGACGUUGGGGCCAACGUGGGUAUGGCCUCCUUCGCCGCCUCUGCUAUGGGAUUUCGGGUUCUGGCGUUCGAGCCUGUGUUCGAGAAUUUGCAGAAAAUUUGUGAAGGGAUUUACUUCAACAGAGUUGCGGAUUUGGUCACUGUGUUUGAGGCCGCUGCGUCGGAUCGCAUUGGUAACAUUACCGUUCACAAGUUGGUUGGUAGGUUAGACAACAGUGCAAUAUCAGCCACAGGUGCAAAGCUGGCAUUCAAGUCCAAUAAAGAGAUAGGUUUUCAAGUAAGGACUGUUCCUCUUGAUAAAGUGAUUCCAAAAUCCGAGCGCGUUCUUCUGCUUAAGAUAGAUGUUCAGGGCUGGGAAUAUCACGUUCUAAAAGGAGCAUCAAAGUUGCUCUCAAAGGAAGGAAGCCAAGCCCCAUAUCUCAUAUACGAAGAAGAUGAGCGCUUGUUACAGGCCAGUAAUAGCAGUGCAAAAGAGAUUCGAGACUUCCUCCGUAGUGUGGGUUAUCAUGAUUGCACCCAACAUGGCACAGAUGCGCACUGCGUGAAGAAGGAUUGA